UCCUCUGUCAACAUCAUCUUGCACUCUCACUCACACCAUCAUGCCCCCUCCCGUGAGGGAGCGCUACAAUGCAAAGGCCCGAGGCUCCGUAGCCGGCGGGUCCCACAAGAGCCGCAAGCGCAAAUCCAAGGUCUUGGAGCCCGAGGAGUUCAAGCCUGUGCAACCUCACCAUGAGCCCGGCAUGAGCUCCAAGAAGCGCAAGCGAUUGGACUCCUACAUCCACAAGAAACUGCAACUCGAGCGUCGUGAUGAGACGCUGCAGAAGCUUGCAGCGCUGCAGAGUAACGAGGCGAGCAUGUCCAUGCUCUCGUCCGCUGGACUGGGUCAGAACCCGCUCGCGCCCACGACCGCAUUGCAACGCGCCGAGAUAGCCGAAGAUCGUGCUGUGCGCCGUGGGAUUGAUAAGCUCAAGAGGCGGCACGGAGAGGCCAACAGCGAAUCGGAGGAGGAGCAGCAGGCCCAUAUCGUCACGACCACCACACCAGGGCAAGAGGAAAUCGAGACAACCGUGCUGGAAACAAAGGCUGAGCGGAAGGCACGAGAGAAGGCGCAGGCGAGAGGAUCGGGGAAGCUCACCAUGCCGAAGAAGGCUGGAUGGAAUCCAGCUCUGAAGAAGAAGGACGGCGAAGAAUCAUCGGAUUUUGACUCGUCGGAUUCAGGCGAGGACAGCGAGUCUGACGGAGAGGCCUCGACAUCUCCAAGAAUGAGCGGGCAGGCUGCAUUACCAACGUCGGAAACUGGAGGAGAACCCGUACCCAAGCCCGCCACAGGGAGCGCACUCAAGCACUCGGUAGGAAGUGCUCUGAAGCCUUCACCUGGGAGCGCUCUGAAGUCUGUUGCCGGGAGUGCUCUAAAGUCACAAGCCGGAAGCGCCCUCAAGGCCAAUGUGGGCGGGGCUCUCAAGACGGCAGCGGACGGAUCAGUGUACAAGCCUCGCGUGGUCACUCGCGGACCGAAAAAGUUCGCGCCGGCUCGUCAAAGGCAGGACAGCAGCGACGCGGGCAGCGAUGACGACGAUUCCAGUGAUGAUGGUUCCGACGACGACGACGGCAGCGAUAGCGACGAUGACAUCGACGAGGACGAGGACGAGGAACUGGAGAGCGAUGACGAGGAGGAAGACGGCAGCGACGACGACGGUGAAGCCGGCGCCGUAACAGCACCGAAGCGCAAAAACUUCAAAGAGUGGGCACUCAAGCAAAUGGGCUCGACAGAAAAGCAGCUUGCGCCUGACCUCCUUUCCGCACCAGUGCAGGCGAAGAACGGGCCUGCGCUCAAGGUUGGCUCGUAUGUCGCGCCGAUGGGUGCGGCCUAUGAAAUUCCCACCUCGUCCCUCCUGACUGGAAACGAGGGUGCAGCAGCUCGACCAAUGCUCAAGCGGCGCCCCUCGGUGACCGAGGCACGGAUGGAGCUUCCAAUCCUCGCCGAGGAACAGGCGAUCGUCGAGGCUGUGCGAAUGCACCCUGUCGUCAUCAUUUGCGGUGAAACCGGUUCCGGUAAGACCACCCAGGUCCCGCAGAUGCUGUACGAGGCGGGCUUUGGCUACAAAGGCUCCGAGAACGCGGGCAUGGUGGCCGUAACACAGCCACGACGUGUGGCGGCCGUGUCGCUGGCGGAGCGCGUACGCGACGAGCUCGGCUUCUCUCCCUCCUCUGGCGUUGUGGCCCACCAAAUCCGUUAUUCGUCCACAACGGCACCCGACACCGCCAUCAAGUUUAUGACGGACGGUGUAUUGCUGCGUGAGCUGGCUAAUGACUUCCUCCUCUCCCGCUACUCUGUCGUGGUGGUGGAUGAGGCGCACGAGCGCGGCGUAAACACGGACGUGUUGAUUGGCGUGCUCUCGCGCGUCGCGAGGCUGCGUGAGAAGCGCUGGCGCGAGACUACGGAAGGAGAGAAGCUUUCCCCGCUCCGCCUCGUCAUCAUGUCCGCCACCCUUCGCGUGGCCGACUUCGCCGAGAACAGCACCCUGUUCGCCACCCCUCCGCCCAUUAUCCACAUCGGAGCGCGUCAGCACCCAGUAACCAUCCACUUCUCGAGGCGCACAGUGAGCGACUACGUUGGCGAGGCGUACAAGAAAGUGUGCAAGAUCCACUCGCGACUUCCGCCGGGAACUGUGCUGGUGUUCCUUACGGGCCAGAGUGAAAUCAUGGGACUGUGUCGCCGACUGGAGGCUAAAUUCGGCGACAAAAGCAAGGAUAAGGGCAAGGGCAAGCCGAAGACACGAGGAAAAGAGGGGAAAUGGCCCACGGAGGAGGUAGAGGACGAUGGGCGGCUCAAGCCCGAAGUCAUCGAGGCCGAGGACGUCGAACUGGGCGGAGUCCGCGACCUGGCUGCGGACGUGGAUGAUGGCGUGGCUGAGUCGGAUGACGAGGCACUCGACACUGACGAAGAGGACGACCUGAUGCUGGAGGAUACGGACAUGCCGAUAACCGUCCUCCCUCUUUACUCUCUCCUCUCGCAGGAUGCGCAGAUGGCUGUCUUCCGCCCACCUCCCGAGGGUCACCGGCUCGUGAUCGUAGCCACCAACGUUGCCGAGACGUCCCUGACCAUCCCUGGUGUGCGGUACGUCGUGGACUCAGGCCGAGCCAAGGAGCGCCAGUACGACCACGCAUCUGGUGUGCAGACCUUUGCGGUUUCGUGGAUCUCGAAGGCCUCCGCAGCCCAGCGAGCUGGCCGUGCGGGCCGAACGGGUCCCGGCCACUGCUACCGCCUCUACUCGUCGGCGCUCUACGAGGACCACUUCCCGGCCUUCGGUGAGCCCGAGAUCCUGCGCAUGCCGAUCGAGGGCGUCGUCCUCAACAUGAAGGCGAUGAACAUUGACGCCGUCAUCAACUUCCCCUUCCCCACGCCACCCGAUCGCCAAGCUCUCCGGCGUGCCGAGGCCCUCCUCACCCACCUUGGGGCGCUCGAUAAGGCCAGCACGACCAAGAUGGUAGCUGGGGUUCAGCACGCCGGCUCGAAGGGCGGAAAGAUCACUGAUCUUGGCCGGGCUAUGGCCGCAUACCCUGUGAGCCCGCGGUUUGCGAAGAUGCUUGCUGUGGGACGCGAGAACGGGUGCCUCGCGUUUGUCAUCGCCAUCGUGGCUGGGUUGAGCGUCGGUGACCCCUUUGUGCACGAAAAUGCGCUCGAGGAUGACGGGGAGGAAGGGGACCGCGAGGCCGAGCUCGAGGGUAUCACGAGCGAGUCGGUGCGGGCGAAGGAGCGACGGCGGGAUGUGCGCUCGCGUUUUUUCAAGCGUCACGCCGCGUUCGACUCAGGCGAGUCGGACAUGUUCAAGCUCCUCGCCGCCAUCGGAGCGUACGAGCACACACCUACGGCCCACUUCUGUGCCGAGUACUUCUUGCGCCCGAAGGCAAUGCAGGAGAUCCAGCAGCUGCGCGGGCAAAUUUGCCGCAUCGCCGCUGUGCCGCUGGAGCGCAUGUCUCCGCCGUCGGACAAGGAGCGCAAGAUACUGCGCCAAAUCCUGUGUGCCGGCUUCAUUGACCAGGUGGCAGUGCUCGAGUCGCUGGCCACGAAGAAGGGCUCGUCGGCGCACGCUUCGGCCCGCGGCAUCGCCUACCGCGCCCUCGGCGUACCAGAGCCGGUCUACCUGCAUCCAUCGAGCGUGCUGUUCCACCAUACACCGCCCGAUUAUGUCGUGUUCAGCGAGGUCGUGCGGACCGCCCGUGUGUGUCUCAAGGGCGUGACGAAGGUGCAGGGCUCGUGGCUUGCCGUGCUCGGCAAGGAUAUGUGCACAUUCUCCCGCCCGCUGGAGACGCCAGGGAUGCGCGCCAAGAGUGUGACGGCUACGGAGCGGGAGGUCAUUGUCGUCCCACACUUUGGGGAUCUGGGAGUUGAUCUUCCGCCGAUCAAGCGGAGGCAGCGACGUGAGGGGACACGAUGGGUGACGCUUGACGAGUAGUGUAGAUUGGGCGGGUAGGGCAUGUAUACUCUGAGUUUGUGGG